GAUUGUGGCGGCAACCACGGUUGUGAGCAAGGAGGUUGAGGCUACGGGCACAGCGGAGCCGCGGAGCUACGUCGCUACGUACAGGUAGCCACCAUAAUACAGGUGCUACGGGGCUACGGCAGCUACGGGUUCCAAAUGAAUUGGAUUGGCGGACAGCGCUCUCGGAUGAAAAGCAGAGCUAAAACGAGGAAGCAGCAGGAAUUUUUCAAGAAGCAACGACUGGAAAAGACGCUGCAGAAGGUGGCGCCAAAUUGCCCGAACUUGGGAGCUAGCAUUGACCGCACUGACCUGCUCAAAAUGGACAUCAUCUACAAAAGUAUAUGUUCCACCACAGGCAUGAAACAACUAACAAUGCAAAAACAAAACGGUUAUGAUGAAGCAUAUAUGUGGUACAAACUUUCAGAUCACCCCACAUCUGAAACACCCACAGUAGCAGCAGGACACCUGAACUCUUCACCGAAACGACAUGAUAACUUUGUCAUUGAGUAUAACUUCAUCUCUAAUAAUUUGAUUCUCCUAGAUAUUUUAGAAAAUUAUAUUUCGUGCCCUUCUUCAGCAGUGAAGGGGAAAGACCAAAUCCGACCCAUGAUGAAGCAUUUAGCUAUGACAGCUCCAGAGGUGCCAAUCCAUCUGAUUUCAGAAAUGCGUGUGGAGCUAGUGCAGCCAGCGAGGAACAGCCGCAACUCCCAGUGUUUGAGGACGAGGAGCAUCCACUGCCUCCUACUGCAGCGGUAGGUGGCAUAUGACCGCUGCACCCACACUUCAUUCUUAAUACUGUAAAAAUUACAACUAUACAUUUUGAGGCUAAUAGAAACAAAACAGCUGCCGUUCUGAGUCUCCCCAAAAGGU